GUAGGGUGCGCGUGCGCGUAGGCGAGGGAGAGCGCUGUCAUUGGCUGUGGCUGGGAGGAAGCGCGCGCUGUGUGAGAGGAGAGGAUGCAGUAGUGAGUACGAGCCCUGUGGGAGAAUAGAAGCCAGUCGGGAGCGCGCGCGUGAAGGGAAAGAAAAGCGUGCACGCUGGAAGGUCGCAGUGAUUGGCGGUGUAACGGACUGACUGGAGAGGGAACAUUCGGUACCGGGGAAGGGAGUGGAAAUCAAGACAAGUGUGUGGAAUUACCGGGGCGAGAGGCCGGGACACCAUGUCCUUCCACCGUCCUCUGUCAGUGGGGAGAAGCCGCCGGUACCAGCACUGCUCUCCUGCUGGAAGUUGCAGUCGUCUGAGAAAUGUACAAGAGAUUCUCAACAAAAAGAGCAAAUCGAUUCCAGAUGGAAUUCUCUGCAUUUUAGGAAUUGACAGCCGGUACAAUGAAGGGUGCAAGGAGCUUGCAAAUUAUUUGCUGUUUGACUUGUACAGCCAACGAAACACAGACUUUGAAAGAACAGCCUUUCCUGAAGAAGUCCUGGACGAUGUGAUAAUACUUGUAAAGUCUGACAGCGUUCAUCUCUAUUGUAAUCCUGUGAACUACACUUACCUACUGCCCCUCGUGGGCUGUUGGAGAAACUUGCAUUUCCAUUGCAUGUCAGAUGGAGAGUAUGAAGAUGAGGAGGCUGCGGAGGAAUUCAAGAUAGCCAGCUUUGUGAACAUGGUCCGGGACUGUGUCCGAAUAGGAAUUCCUUAUAGCUGCAGAGGUCACCUGCAAACAUUUGACAUGUUUAUAGUUGAGAAGUGGCCCAUUGUGCAAGCGUUUGCCCUGGAAGGCAUAGGUGGUGGCGGAUUCUUUACUAUGAAACACGAGUUAAUGGAUGUCAGUGAGCUGCUUUGGAAGCUUUACAGCAACAUGGACCCUGUUUCCCUAGAGUCCUUGCUAAUGGAGGAUUUGAUCACAUUUGAACAUCAGUGGACAAACUUGUUUUCACAUUUUGAAAUGGAAAUCCCUUUUAUGCUGGAGCUAUCAGAGUGCCAAGCAGGAGAGCCAUUCAGAAGUUAUUUCAGCCAUGGGAUGCUGUCUAGCCAUAUUGCAGAACCCAGUCCCUGCAGGCAGCCUUUUGUUCUCUUCGGCACUCACUCCACUAGAGAAAAUCUGAAGCCAGGCAACUUUAUCUUUCCAUCUGAAGGCCACCUGGUUAGAAACACUGGCCCUGGGGGGAGUACAGCCAAGCACAUGAUGGCUCAGUGUGUUUCCCCAAAAGGACCUCUGGCUUGUUCCAGGACUUACUUUUUUGGAAGUACUCAUAUCCCUUACUUAGGAAAGGAUAAUGACACACAAAAGAAGAAUGAGCACAUUAACCUGCUAUCACAGAUAUAUGCUGCUGUGGUGGAAGCUGUGCUUGCUGGUAUUGCCAGCUAUGCCAAGUCUCUAAGCCCAUCAAAGGCAAAGGAGGCAGCAGAGCAGACUCUCUGGGCCCAGUUGGACUCAAUGAACCUUCUUCAAAUUAAAUCUUCAUUAAGGUCUAAAGUAACAUUUCAAAUUGAAGCUGUGAAUAGUCUUGGAAGGAUUGUGCCAUUGGACGAUGGGUUACAUUUGGUUAAUACAGCCAGCAUGGCAGUGUACGACAUUCCAGACUUACAAAAUGGAAGAGGAUGUUUAGGAUCUAUCGUGUUUUCGGAAUCAUUUUUGAAGUCCCAAGUCAAUGUUAAAGAGAAAGAUGGAACUGUAUCUACAGAUAAAAGCUACACCAUCCUCACUGCUGCUGUUCCACGCUUUCUAUCAUGGCUGGUAGAAGAUAAUGAAGUAAAACUAUCAGAGAAAGCAUUCAGCACAGUGAAGGAACAGAAAUCUUUCCUUGGCAGUUUCCUUGCAAGCAGUGAUGGCGCUUACAUGUGCCCUGGAAGCUUGGAGAUGGGUCCUGAAGAAGGGAAACUGUGUUUCUUUUCUGAUGGCAUUCUGUUUCUUCAUCCUUACCAUGGGAGCAUUACCAUAUCAAAGAAUCACGUGAAUUCUAUUAAACUGUACGAUGGGAAUUCAACCACCGUUGCUGCUGCAGUCGUUGUUGAGUUUAACAGCUCCCUGACUCCACACCUGCCUAUUCAUUUCAGUCGUGCUGCUGGCUUCCUCAUGUUUGCACUUAUGCCCAAGUCAAAGAGCUAUCGGACUUUUUACUCACAGGUCUUCCCUAUUUGGCAGAAGUGUACAGAUAAUUCCGGACUCCAUUUACAAGUAAUUCAAGAAGAUCAACUGUCCACAGACCAGAGACAAAUUUACUUGAACAUACAGAAUUUGUACGAAGCUUUAGCCUAUCCAACAGCAGAAAGAUGGACUCACCUCAAGAUGGCAUCAGCAAGCCUUCCUGGGAUACAAAGUUUCUUUCAGCACCUUGGAGUGAGCAGUGUGGGGAAGGAGCCAAUCCCAAGGGUGCACCUGCCUUUUCUACUGCAGCAUUCUGAACCUGCUACUCCUAAUAACCCAGAGAAUGAAAAGAUGACAAUAACAAUUGUGAGUGGACUGCCGGGGAGUUACUGCAACGAACUCUGUAUUUCACUGGUUUCUUUACAAACGGAAUAUGGAAGCUUCAGAUGGAACGUCUAUCGGCAGCCUGCUGACAGCACGGAGGAUUUUCAGCACUUUCAGAGGCACCUCUCCAGUGUCCUGGAAGUAAAACGGAAGCACGGUGUUCAUAAGGCUGCUUACUUCCGCAGGAAAAUCCGGAUGCUUGUCGUGUUAGACGGAUACUCAGAUGUGCUUGAUGUAGUGCAGGCUCUACAGACUCACUAUGACCCCGAAGUCAGGUCCUCGUUUGUUAUUGGGGCAGUCACCGCCUGUGUGAAUCCCUUGAGCUGCUUCAUGGAACACAGGUUUACAUUUCCAAAAUUCCUGGAGCAGUGCUCACAAGGUAUUGUGAGCAGCGUGGCUAUGACCAGUCUUACUACAGAGCAGAGGCAUCCUAGCUUUGUGCUGGUCCAGAAACUGAUCAGAGCAGCCAACCCUGGGGCUGCAUUUAUUCUAGCAGAAAAGGGAAUAGUUACCAGGAAUGAGGAUAUUGAACUGAUUAUGUCGGACAGCAGCUUUACUAACCCACAGAUGCUGAGAGCUCGCUACCUGAUGUACCCUGGAUGGUUUGAAGGAAAAUUCUCAUCUGGACCUGCUUUCCCGAAGAUUGAUCAGAUCUGUGUGAGGUUCAGCCGUCCCUUAGAAAAAGCACGCUUUAUGACACGAUGCAAAGCAAUCAAGAGCUCUAUAAAGACCUACCCAUUUUUUGGAAACCUAUACCAUAUUGCGGGGAGAGUGUUAUUUUCAGAUUCUGAGCAGAGGGUAGAAGUGUGCCAUGACACGUUAGUCAACUCACUGCGUCUCGCCCCAGUGGAGGAUGGUCCCAGCCCACCUCCUGAUCCAAAACGUGAUCAGCGAGAGACCACUCAGCCGUGUAUGCUGGUUUUUACUGGCUGCUCCCUCAAAGAGGACGACGUGAAGGACUGGCUGAGACAAUGUGCUAAGCAGAAACCGCAGAAGAAGCUUUUGAGAACAAGAGGAACGUUGACUCUUCAGGAAAUGCGCAGUAUCCAUGCAAAGCGUCACCUGGAUCCCCUCCCUGAAGGCUACUUCUACAACGGGACUCAGUUUGUAAACUUCCUUGGAGAGAAAAUGGACCGUCAUCCACUAAUGGAUCAGUUCAUAUACGACUAUAUAAACGAGGCAAACCGAGAGAUAGAAAAGUACAACAAAGAGUUGGAAGCACAGGAUCACUUUGACAUUUUUGGUCAGAAGUUGUGAGAUGAGCCGCUGCCUCGUCCAUCCUCCUUCACUCCAUUUCCACGACGACUUCUGAGCAAAAUCACCAACGUAUCGUCCUACUUCUGUUUGUUACAGGCACCCGCCCUGCAGUUGGCCUUUCUUCUACUGUCCACAUUUACUUUACUUGCCGUAGGCAUCAUUAACUCAGAAGAGCCCUAGUACACUCCAGUGAUUACUAUUAGCCGCAGUGUUGCUAUCGACCCCUAACUUAGCAACAGGUUUGUAUUCGUCUGGUUUGUACAAGUCGCAUUUUCGGGAACCCCCCGUAAAAGGUGGUGAUUUUGAAAUCGUAUUCAAACCAUUUCUUUCAUUCACUUGAGACAUUCUGAGUUGAAGGGUUGUUGAACUUCAAGUAUUUGUAGCUCAACCGCUUUUUGAGUCGGAUCCUCUUAAUGACGCUGUUAAUUCGGUGUAAUAAGACCAAUGUGAAUUUAUGGGCAACUGUACACUUAACAUUCGUCAUGUACACCUGCGCUUAGUUCAGGUAAAUACCAUUGGUGCCAUAGAAUUGUGUUAUCUCUCUGUACAGACUAUGGGCACAUUUAAAAGGAUACUGUCAUGGUUUUUAUGGUGUAGUUUUUAUUUUUAAAUUACACUGCAGAUAAUUCACUCUACAAUAUAAAAUUUCAUUCCUGAA